GCCAAAAUUGACGCUACUCUCUGCAGUAAAUGAAUCUUAUAGAUUUGACAUCUCUCCUUUUCUGUCGCUUUUAUAAUCUUGAAAAGUAAUUAUUGUGGAUCUUUUGUAAUCAAAGUUAUUGCUUAUAUUUAUUUUCUUCUGUACCGUUUUUUUUGUUUUUAUUGUCUCGGUACAAAAUGCAUGGUGGAUGUUUGAUUGAUCCCUGGCAAAACAAAAUUAAUUUUUUAUUCUAAAGAGUGAGAAGAAAAUCAAAUAAAGAAAUGAAAUGUUAUAACCACAAUAUAUUUUCUCCUUUGGACUAGGCUGGUAGGGUCUAUAAAGUCUCUUGAAAGUCACGUGAGAAGCGAACCUGAAUUGCUUUUGGCUUUGGGUAAUGAAGACAUUCAUGUGACAAAAGUACAAUAAGUUAUGGGAACUACGGAAUGAAUCCAGUAGCUGGAUCUGAACCAAAAACUCAUUAUUAUUUGUUGAGUAAAAAUAAUUUAAUUUUGGGUUUUGUUAAGUGGAGAAGCUAACGAUCAGUUGGUAACUAACAAACGUCACCAAGAAUGAUAAUGAUCAAGUGAGAAUUAGCAAUGAGCCAAUGAAAUACUUCAUACAAAAAAUAUCUCCGUACAAUUAUACGAAAUAAUGGGCCCCACUCACCGAUCGGGCGUUUGGUUAACUUAUCUGAGUGGGCUUUUGCUUCGCUUCUUCGUUUUCCAACAAAGACAUUUGCUUUUGUAACUUUUUUAACUCCAAAACAUUCUUUCUUUGUAACUCCUCUCCUUCUCUUUAAACCUAGAGCAACAGAAAAAACACACACACACACACAUGGAUUCUCAGGAACACAACAUUACACAACACUCUCCAGGAGGAGGUAAGAGCCAUGUCUGCAGUAAAUGUGGUUGGAAUUACCCAAAUCCACAUCCUAGUGCUAAAAACCGGCGUGCCCACAAGAAAAUAUGUGGAACCAUCAAAGGAUUUGAGAUCCUUGGUUCCGACCACCAGAAUCUUGAUUUUCAGAAAGGACAAUGUUUGGAUGAUGAGCCAAAAACCCCAAGUCCAAGAGUUGUGGAUGAGAGAAUUGGUGAUAGAAUAAGUGAAGAAGAUGUGUUUGCAGAUGCUGUUUGUGAAUUUUCUAGCAGCGUUGUGUCUGAUUCUGUCAAGGAAAAGGAGGAGGAGGAGACACCAGCAAAUGGUAUGGCAAAGAGUGCUACGGAUCUUGGUGAAGCUCAGGAGUGCAACAAAAGCUCUGAAGUGGUUCAAGAGAGUUUGGAUGUUCUUCUACCUGUCCAAGUCCUUGAGAACUUCCCAAGUUCAGCUGAAGCAGCGGAUACAUGUGGAGAAAGUUCAUCUCAGGUCAUUCAUGAUGGUCGUAGUACCAUAUCAAAUGUUGGAUUAGAGACAGAAUGCAAAGGAAACGUAGCGGAUGAAUCUGAAUCUAUGUUAGCAGCAUCUGCGUUAGGAAAGAGAGUGGAUACUUCAUGGAACGAUGAAGUGAUUUACUCAGACUUGGAGGGUCCCCAUGGAUUUGAAGAAAUGAAUAUGAAUCCUCCUGGUGAAGCUGAUGACUAUACAGUGGGUGAUAAGACUCCGGUCGAUACUCCUCCUGUAGAAACCAUUGCAGACCAAGAUAUCAACACCAGUCUAUCUGCUCUUGAUGCCAUACCUUUUGCAGAAAAUGCUCAUGUCUCUUUGCAUGGUACCAAAGCCCUUGAAGAAAGUGAAACUGGUACUCUUACUCAGGCAGAUAAUUCAGGCGAUCAGCCUGAAGGCUUAAGUAUUGGCAGGGAAGUUCCUUCACCAGACAAACUUCCCUUGGCAGACAAAACUGAACCUCAAGGCCAUACUUCUUUGGCUGGGCUCCCCAGCGCAGAGAGCAUAGUAAUGCCCAAGAUUGACCCUGCUGAAGAUAUCAAAAUGAAACCUGAAUCAUCUUUUGGUGCUUCCCAAGAAACUGUUGAAUCAGAGACCGUGACAACUUCCCUACCUGCAGUAGAUCCUAAUGCUGAUGUGAGCCAUUCAGUUCUCAUUGGUCGUGAGAGUGAACUUAUCCAAUCAAAUGUUGUAGCUGAGGAGAAGAGCACAAUUAGCGAGCUCAGUUCUCAAUCAACUUGUCCUGUUGAACACUACGUUUCUCCAGUGUAUGUUGCAUUAGAGGGAGAUGAACCACCAAGCGUUCAGGAUAAAAGUUCAACAGACACAUCUAAAGACUCCAUCCUCCAAAUCGGUGCUGAAGCUUGUGAAAGUACUGAUGAAGAAGAUUGCACUAAAACUAAUCAGAAGUUGGUGGAAAGCGGAAGGACAGAAUCCAAUAGAGUUGUUGGUGGCUUAGGGGUUAUUCAAGCAAAUGAGAUUGAUGGUAAUGACAAAGCACACAACAAUUAUGCUGAAGUCCCUGUGACAAUUGGAUCAAAUGACCAUAGAGAUUACGGGAGGUUGCAGAAUCUGUCAGAAGCACACAUUAGAUCUCUGGUUUUGAGUCCGAUAGUCACUACAUCUAAUGCCGUUUCAGGACAUAGUGACGAAUCUCAAUCAUCAUCACUUGAUGUUUGUCUGUCGAAGAACCAAGAGAUCACAACAAGCUGGAGCACAGCAAAGGAGCAGCAUGUCCCGCUGAAGAACCUUUUGAACGAAGCAAGGUCACCAAGGGUAGAGGCAGCAAGUAAUAUACCGAGAGUGAGUUCGAUACUGGAGCAAGGGACAUCCCCUGAAGACGAGGGUGGGUGGCCAGAGAGGAGAGAAGUGAGUGAGGAGUGGAACUCGCCAGCAAAGUAUCCAGUGGAGAGGAAAGUGAAAGGAAGACCCUUUUGGGUUCCAUUUGUUUGCUGUUCCUCUGCUAAGUAAAAUCUCUCUCUCUGUUGUAUAAUUUUAGUAGGAUGAUGAACGAUUCUAAGGACUUAUCUACAAGCUCUUAGUUGUUUGGUUCUUGUAUGAGGAGGAGCCUUUGUUAUAUGCAGACCACUUAUGAAUUUCACCUUUUAUCAUAUGACAAUUUUUUUUUUGCGUU